AUGAAAAAGGAAGAUGAGAAGUGUGGUGGCCAUGAGGUGGUUGUGAAAGAGGGCGCCCUGCGGCCGCGGGCGGCGGUGCGCUCUGCCUACGGGGCGCCGGCGGGCGCCGGCAUCCACCAGGUCACCGUCAACCAGAGCCUGCUGGCCCCUCUGCAGGUGGACAUUGACCCCUCCAUCCAGCAGGUGCGCCAGGAGGAGCGGGAGCAGAUCAAGACCCUCAACAACAAGUUCGCCUCCUUCAUCGACAAGGUGAGGUUUCUGGAGCAGCAGAACAAGCUGUUGGAGACCAAGUGGGCUCUACUGCAGGAGCAGAAGUCAGUCAAGAGAAGCCGCCUCCCGGGCAUCUUUGAAGCCUAUAUUGCUGGCCUGCGCCAACAGCUCGAGGCCCUGCAGAUGGAUGGGAGCCGCUUGGAGACGGAGCUUCGGAGCACGCAGGAGCUGGUGGAAGACUUCAAGAAUAAGUAUGAAGAGGAAAUUAACCGGCGCACGGCUGCUGAGAAUGAGUUUGUGGUGCUGAAAAAGGAUGUGGAUGUUGCCUACAUGAACAAGGUGGAGUUGGAGGCCAAGGUGAAUGCCCUGAAUGAGGACAUCGACUUCCUCAGGACCUUCUAUGAGGCGGAGUUGUCAGAGCUGCAGUCCCAGGUUUCCGACACAUCCGUGGUCCUGUCCAUGGACAACAACCGCUCCCUGGACCUGGACGGCAUCAUCUCCGAGGUCAAGGCCCAGUACGAGGAGAUCGCCAACCGUAGUCGGGCUGAGGCCGAGACCUGGUACCAGACCAAGUUUGAGACCCUCCAGGCCCAGGCUGGGAAGCAUGGGGAGGACCUCCGGAAUACUCGCAAUGAGAUUGUGGAGAUGAACCGGGCCAUCCAGAGGCUGCAGGCUGAGAUCGACAACAUCAAGAACCAGCGUGCCAAGUUGGAAGCCGCUAUCGCUGAGGCUGAGGACCGUGGGGAGCUGGCACUCAAGGACGCACGUGUCAAGCAGGAGGAGCUGGAGGCUGCCCUUCAGCGAGCCAGGCAGGACAUGGCCCGGCAGCUCCGGGAGUACCAGGAGCUCAUGAAUGUCAAGCUGGCCCUGGACAUCGAGAUUGCCACCUACCGCAAGCUGCUGGAAGGCGAGGAGAGCCGGUUGGACGGAGAUGGAGUGGGAACCCUGAAUAUCUCUGUGGUGAAUACCACUGGUGCUGGUGGCAGCGGGCUGACCUUUGGGGGAACCAUGGGCACAAAUGCCCUGAGAUUCUCGAGCGGAACCCACAAGACCUAUUCCAUGAGGACCACAUCUGGCGCUUGCAGGAGUGUCCUCAACUGAGCCCCAGGCAUGGGGAGACCCAUAUCCCUUCCCCCCACAAUCACAAGAGAUUCCCAUGGUGGUCCCAUCCCUGGUCCCAAGACCACAAAGCAGUCUGAAAAUGAUGUCACAAUAGCUUCCAAUAAACAGUCUCUUUCUGGGGCCUGAG